CUGUCAUUUGCAUGGAUUUGGAAGUGAAAGGAAUUGCUGCAUCCCCUCGAAGGCAGGCUCAGCUGUUGUCGAGAGGGAAGAAAUGUCAGACUCCUGGUGAAACCGGUGACAGCUCUGACUGCGUUUUUUUAUCCAAAAGAGCGAUAAAGUACAACAGCCUUCAAAGCAUAACUUCAGAAGGAGUGAUUCCACACUGCCUUCGUGUGAAAUAAAUCCCAGUGCUUAGCAUUUGUUAUGAGAGGUAAUCUUAUUUUUCAGGUAGUGGCUGACCUUUUGAGUUAAGAUAAGUAGACAGGAUUACUGCAGCAGAGACUUCCAGGUUAAUUUUUGAAAGGCUGACUAGAGUAAAUACGAUCUUGGAUUAUGAGAGCCAUUGGUUUUAUUACAGGUAAAGUAAAUAUUUCUUGUAACAGUUGAUUUUUCUUACAGAUAUGGGUAUAAAGUAUGCAGUGAAGUAAACUUCAUCUGCAGCGUUCCCGUAGCCUGCAUGCACCCAUUUAACUUCCAUGUUUUAUUGAAAAAACUUGGGUAUUUACUCUAGCUUGUAAAAGAAACAUCCUUUUUAUGCCUGUCAGUUUCCGAAUUUAGACUCCUUAUUACAUGACUUUUUGUGGCUUGAAAAAUUGUAGAUUGAAAUGAGGUUGAGACUGUGUCCUAGUAAAUGUGGGUAGUCUUCAGGACAGCUUUGCUUUAUUCCUAAAGACUCUCAGAAAAGGCAUUAAACGUGUUGUGUUCUUCUUUUUUAAAGGCAGUUGAAAUGCUGCAGAAAAACUUGUGAUUUAAUGCACUGCAAAAAUACAUGAGACAGCACACUGUAUGAUUCAAAGAAGACCAGAGUUUGUUUACUUUGGUUAGUUUGAGGAGUAAGACUGCAUUUUAUCCCUUAAAGGCUUUUAAACAUAUUUCACCACAAGGUGGUGUUGUUCAUUAUGUGCGGAUGCUCUGUGAGAGGUUCUUUCUUUUUUUUCCUUUUUCUUCCUUUUUUUCCCCCAAACAUAAAUACCCUUUUCUGAAGACACUGGAGGGUGGUGGUGCUCAGUUUUGAACUCUCUUUUCCAGGGGUAUGCUGCCGGGGUGUGUGGGGAGGAAAGCAUUUAACAGCUCUGUGAUGGCUUUCAAAUCUCAUAUGCAUUAGGCCACAGCUGGAAGCGGGAUGCUUGCACAGUUCAGGCUGCAAUGCUGACAUCUAUAUGUUAAGGUCUUUUAAAAAACAAGAUGCUGCAGAACAUCUGUGAGCCACGUAUUUUUUUUUUUCCCAACUGGAAGGCCAGCUGGAGGAAUUGCUCCUGGCUCAAUGUAAGCCAGCUGUCCGUCUGUGCUGUGGUUUCAGUUUAUGGACUGGCUGAGGGCUGGCUCAGAAACAUUCCAGCCAUCAAGAACCGUGUGACCUGAAACCUGGUGAGCAGUCAUUGUAUGAUCAAAAUCUCAGGAACGUGGAUUAUUUUUGAAGUAUUAAUAGCUGGUGUGGAUGCUGUCUGUAUUCUUAAUAACAAAAAAACUUCCUGUAUUGACAAAUACUGAAUAUUCUUGUUUCAAGAUCUGUAAGAAUCAACUUUCAGUGAAAAGCUUUUGCUUUGUCCUUUUCUUAGUACUAUCUCAGUCAAAUACAUACAUCAGAUAUCUGGAGACGCUGGUUCUAAACCAAGGCAGGCUGAAAGAACAACCGUGUGUUUGUCUCCUGAUCUCUGUCAGCAUGUAAUAAUGUGUCCUUCUAGGGGUGGAGACCAGAUACAUGUGCUGCUCGGGGUCCUCGCCCACCAGAGGUGCCAUGCCUAGAUCUAGGGAGGCUGGGAGAUUCUGAUGAUGAGGAUGGGAACUCCUACAUGCCAUGCAGUAGAAGUUUUCCUCACACAAGCUCUCUAAAUUCAUCUUCGGAUUGGAGAACAUCAUUAGAAAUGCCACACGAGCAGCAUCUACCAUCUCAACAGAUUUCCAGAAUGUCUUGUCAGAUGAAAACAGAGGGUUCACAGCUUGAAGAUGGGUACAAUGAUGAUCUUACAGCUCUUGAUGAGAAAGCUCUCCUGCAACAAUGCUAUACAAGCAAGCCUUACAAUACACAACACAGUAUGAGGAAAUCAGAAGCUGAGGAUGUUGCUGCGGAGAGAAAGAAACAGGCUGUAGUAGAACAAGUGAUGCUAGAUCAGUUAUGCAGAGCUGUCAUAAGUGAUCCAGAACAAUCCACACGAGAUGAUGUCUCCACAGAAGCUCAUGGACAUUUGGGACUUGGGACUGCACCCAUGCGUUUUAGAAAAAGAACACUGCAUGAAACGAAAAUAAGGACUAAAUCAGGAUUAACUGAAAGCAUGCUGUCUAACAAGCUACGCUUUGAUAGUAGGAUUAUAUCCAGAAAUGGUCGUGAUGCUUGUAGGGACUUGAUUGGAUUCUUUUUUACGUGUGACAGAUCCCUUACUGUAUAUGAAUUCCGACAGUUUGGAAAAAAUAGAACAAAUGCCUUGCCUUUCAUUCAGAAGGGAGUUUAUCAACAUCAGCGAGGACAAAAGAAGGGAGAAGCUUAUGAUCUCAGUGAUUUCUACAUCGGAGCUAACCUAACUUUCCAAAGUGUUGAUCAUAAUCUUCCAAGAAGCAUCAAGCAGAAUCCAAUUCUGACCCUUCGUGUAAUAGGUAUUGAUGAAGCUGCUAUGGAUUUUCUAAAAGAUUCCUCCUUGAAAUUCAACCAAGAAUAUUCUGAGCAAUUGAUUGAUGACGGCAAAGUGUUCAAGAAAAUUCAAGGUAUGCUCAGAGAGACAUUAAGUAAAAGAGGAGUUAGAGUUGUAACAGGCUUAGGAAAGUAUUUCCGACACAUAGACAAGAAUGGAAAUGGUUUUCUUUCUCAGGCAGACUUUAAAGAAGCUCUAAAACGAUUCCAUUUGGAAGUGCCUGAACAGGACUUUGAAUCCUUAUGGCUUCUUCUUGAUGAUAGCAAGAGUGAUAAAGUCGACUAUGGAGAAUUUAUUCAUGCUAUAGCUGGAGAAAUGAAUGAAUAUCGGAAAGCAUUUGUGAGAAAAGCUUAUAUGAAACUAGAUUUCAACAAAACUGGAAGUGUUCCUAUGGUAGACAUCAGAAAAUGUUACUGUGCAAAGAAACAUCCUCUAGUGUUGGCAGGCAAAGCUACAGAAGAAGAAAUAAAAUUGUCAUUUCUAGAGACAUUGGGAGAAUCCUGCAGCAAUCCUGAAGAAGUGUCCUAUUCUGAGUUUGAAGAUUACUAUGAAGGAUUAAGUAUUGGAAUCACAGAUGAUGAUGAUUUUGUUAACAUCUUAAGGAACCCUUGGGGAAUUUAGAGUGGAAUAAGACAAAAAUGAAGGAGAGACUCCUCCUAAACGAGAAGAGAGCUACAUAAGGGAGGAUUCGAUCAUGAUGUGCAUUGCUUAAUAAUUAUUGCUUUAUAUUGAUUUCAAGGACUGAACAUUUUAGAUGCUUUCAGAAUCAUACAAGACAUGGUAAGUUUCUUAAAGUGCCUGUUGAGCAGAGAUGACCACUGUUUUAAUAUAAAUGCUCUUUAUGCACUUUCAUGGCCUGUUCCCCAUAGCAGAAGGCAUCAUUUAGUGGAUGUUUGAAUAAAGAGACUUAUUUUAAAAGUAAGUGAGAAUAGAAUACUAAAAUGUAUGUAUGAGUAAUGCAAGAAAAAAAAAACAGUUUUAUGAUUGUUGAAAACUUCAGAUUUGACAGUGUAGACAUGUGAUAUCUUUUUUUUAGUUUUAUUUUAUAAAAAUAGUAUAAUUGCUCUUAAAACAUUAUUUGCUUUGUUUCUCCUUUACUGUGUUGGUGAUCACCCUGGAAAAGGGCAGGCCAUCCUCAUCCAAUUUGGAGGAUGUCUGCAGCACUGAAAAUGCUGAGAAGAUCACACAAAUUAGUCUUGAAACCAGUACCCAGAUCAUCUCUACUGAUAUUAUUUUUUCAUCUUGGUCAGGCAUCUGAAGCUGAAUGUUGAAUACCAAGGGCUUAAUAAGCACAAGUAUAUUUUGCUAAAUUAUGUUCAAAUCACAUUUGUAUGUAAAUACCUGACAUCUAUACUUAGAAUUGCUGAGACUUUUUUUUUUAAAAUUAAGCAAUUAUAUCCUUUGUCAGACUGAUAUGCAGAAUUUCAUGUCUAAUUUAAAAGUAUAGACCAGAAAAAUCUAUAUUUAAUGAGCACUGUUGCACCAAAAACUAAAUUCUGAAUUAAAAUAUUUCUUACUACUUCAGAUAUUCAGCCAGGUAAGCUUUUCUGUGUAAUACAUCUUUUUAAUUCUGUAAAGUUAAUUGUGUGAAGUAAUAAAAAAUGUGUUCUUAAUAAAAUAUAUAUGUAUGUAUUGAUACCUUUGGUUUCUAUGUACCUCUCACCAAAAUUAACAGUGUGUUGAACUGCAUUUCUUAAGUUUAUGCAAUUACAGUCUAUUCCUUUUCCCCUUGCUUGUCUGACCAGUUUUGAAUUUAUAGCUUGGGGUUCAGAGGACCUCCCCCUGAAACAGAAUUUGUGUUCUGCAGAAAUUUAAGGGCAGUGCUGAAAUGAAUGCUAAAAUGAGGGUCUUGAGACCCUCUGUGUCCAACUGGUUUGUUCUAGAUAUAGCAUUUUUGUGUUCUAAUUACUUUUGUUUUUGUUAUCAUCUGAAUAUUUG